CAGACCAAGAAGAGAAUCUACAAACUAGACUUGUAGGUUAAAAUUACCUGAUCAAAAAGGCAGACUCUGCGAGUUUCCUUAAGACCUACCUUGCAUAUAGGCUGACCCAGCAAAAGAAUUGAAAAUUACAGCCUACGAUGGACAGAAGUAAUUGCAAAGUUAUUGCUCCUCUCCUAAGUCAGAGAUACCGGAGGAUGGUCACCAAGGAUGGCCACAGCACACUUCAAAUGGAUGGUGCUCAAAGAGGUCUUGCAUAUCUUCGAGAUGCCUGGGGAAUCCUAAUGGACAUGCGCUGGCGUUGGAUGAUGUUGGUUUUUUCUGCUUCUUUUGUUGUCCACUGGCUUGUCUUUGCGGUGCUCUGGUAUGUCCUAGCUGAGAUGAAUGGUGACCUGGAACUAGAUCAUGAUGCCCCACCUGAAAACCACACUAUCUGUGUCAAGUACAUCACCAGUUUUACAGCUGCAUUCUCCUUCUCCCUGGAGACACAACUCACAAUUGGUUAUGGUACCAUGUUCCCCAGUGGUGACUGUCCAAGUGCAAUCGCCUUACUUGCCAUACAAAUGCUCCUAGGCCUCAUGCUAGAGGCUUUUAUCACAGGUGCCUUUGUGGCGAAGAUUGCCCGGCCAAAAAAUCGAGCUUUCUCAAUUCGCUUUACUGACUUAGCAGUAGUAGCUCACAUAGAUGGCAAACCUAAUCUUAUCUUCCAAGUGGCCAACACCCGACCUAGCCCUCUAACCAGUGUCCGGGUCUCAGCUGUCCUCUAUCAGGAAAGAGAAAACGGCGAACUCUACCAGACCAGUGUGGAUUUCCACCUUGAUGGCAUCAGCUCUGAGGAAUGUCCAUUCUUUAUCUUUCCACUAACAUACUAUCACUCCAUUACACCAUCGAGUCCUCUGGCUACUCUGCUCCAGCACGAAAAGCCUCCCCACUUUGAAUUAGUUGUAUUCCUUUCAGCAAUGCAGGAAGGCACUGGAGAAAUAUGCCAAAGGAGGACGUCCUACCUACCCUCCGAGAUCAUGUUACAUCACUGUUUUGCAUCUCUGCUGACGCGAGGUUCCAAAGGUGAAUAUCAAAUCAAGAUUGAGAAUUUUGACAAGACUGUCCCUGAACUUGCAAUUCCUCUGGUCUCCAAGAGCCCAAACAGGACUGACCUGGAUAUCCGUAUCAAUGGACAAAGCAUUGAUAAUUUUCAGAUCUCUGAAACAGGACUGACAGAAUAAGACUUAUCCAUGGCACCCUAUUUUUUAAUAUAUUAAAUACACCCAGCCAGUUAUGCAGCUACUUUCUCUUCAUUGUAUCUCAUGUUUUCUUUUUUCAAUGCUGAUUACAUUUCUCUGAUUACAUCAUGAUAAUCAUGCCUAUGCCCACAAAAAAAUGGCUACGCUAACAAUACACAUUCCAGAAACAUAACAAUCUACCUUACAAAGUUUGUAUCUGUGGUUAUCUGCUGAAAUCAACAGAACUCAACUCAACUUGACAGAUACUUAUACAGAAAUGUUGCUGGUGAAUUAAUAAGGAUAUGGUAUAUAAUACCAGUAAUGAAGGUAAAAUGGACAGUGAAGCUUAACACAACAGAACUCCAAGAAAAUCAACCAUAAAUCUCUCACUUUCAUCUGCAAAUCAAAGGAACAGUCUAGUUUCAAACCUAGCUCCCUGGGUGGAAUGAUGAUUUCACAAUGUUUAGCGAUCAUCCUUUUGAAACUGUUGUUUUUUUCAAGACAGCAAAGAUCAUCCUUUGGUUCUUUAUACUACAAAACCAGGGUAAGUAUCACUCCCUUAUUUUUUAACAACUAGGAACAAAAAUUCACACACCAAAAAAAAAAAAACCCAACAAAGUACAGAUUUAUACACAACCCUAUUUGAAUAUGACACCCAAACACAUGCAUGCAUAUAUGUUCAUAUAUUUGUGGCAGAAAGUGAUUACAGCAAACAAGAUAAGCUCCAGUCCAAAUGGAUCCUGCAGUGUGGUAUUUUUGCCAAGGAAAUACAAAAUUAUACCUACUUUAAAACUACCCUACAUAAUAAGCAAAUAGCGAUUUAAAAACUAUAAUCACCCAUUCAUCUGAAUGGGUUCCAACCUGAAUAAAAACAUUCUCUACUGACCUAUGAUUCAUUUGAUGGUAUGAGAAACCAUGACAGGUCUAAAUAACUAAUAAACACAAAUAUACAUGUAAGUUUUUAUAGAUAUAAAGGUUUAGUUAAACAAAACUUGACUUGACUAGGGAAAAAAUCUCCAAUAGAUAAAGCAAAAAAUAAUUAGGCAACAAAGUAUUUUCAACCCCAAAUUCCUGUUUCCAACUUCAAAUAGUUUUUUCUAUAAACACAAAAUGAGUGUUUAUUCACCAGUAGGAGGUUGGACUAGAUAAACUCUAUUAUUUUUUCCAAAAUCUAAUACUCCAUGAAAAUUAUGCUUUCUCUGCUUCAUUUUUUUAUUUUAUACAUACUAAGGCAAACCCUUUCUCUUACAUCCAGUUAAAACAAUCCUUUACAUAAUUUUUAUUUCAGUCAAAAAAUGAAACUGUCCUCAAACAAAACAAAACCAAAAAAGUCACCCUAUCAGGUUUCAAAAAGAUUUGUGGCUGCUUUUCUAUUCUGAAAUUUCCCUUAUUCAGGUUGGUGUGGGAAAAGUGAAAGAUUAACCUUCCCCAUUGGUGAUGAUCCAGGCAGGAAUCAUCUCUUGAAAUAAAAAACUAGCUGAGUACAGGCAAGCAGUUGUGAAGAGCAGGGCACAGCAGCAAGCCACAUUUUUCUACUCUUUGACCAAAAGGAAAAGAAAAUAAAGAACAACUCUGGAGUGGUCUAAGACUGAUAAUAGCAGAAGAAUAUCAAGAAUACAGAAAAUUAUUGUAAACUUUUGCUGUUUGAAAAUCUUAGGCAUUCAUUCUUAAGUAGUAACCAGACCAUCGAUUUUUUUCCAACCCAAGACUACUGUAACACAUAAAGACAGCAAGAAUUCUUAUUUCUAUAAUAAAUUAAUAAGAUUCACCUAACCUGUGAAAAUAAAGUAGUAUCAAAGACUUA